GACGCUGGAGCCCUGAGCAGGUUCAGGACCCCUUAGUCCCACUUCAGUAAUCCUGCCUCGUUUUCUCUCAUGAUUCAUGGUGAUGAUUCAGUCUGAUUCUCAGGCUAAACGUGUUUGUCCUGCACCCACGAAAUAUCACAGUCAGAACAGCUGAAAUGAUCUGAGCUCAUUUCCAGAGGAUGGGCCUGUUUGCCCCUGAGUUGUCAGCACCACCAUCAGGUCACAGGACGUCCUACACUCAACUCUAUCAGUGCAAACCCAUGGAGCAUGGAGUGAAGCAGACGGCAGCGUGGGAAACUGCUGAGAGGAGGAGGAGGAGGAGGGGAACAGUGAGGAUCAUGUGACUGCUGUUUUACACUCUGCUUGAUUCAGCUGAGGACGAGGACUCAGUGAAACACAUGAGGAUCACUGAGACAAGUUCCGAUGUACCAGAUGGAUCUGAAGAGGAUCAGCAGCCCACCACAGCCCAAGGAGGGGAUGGUGAAGUCUGCCUCAGCUUAUGCAGAUUUGCAGCAGCACUGGUCUGAGAGCAUCCACAGGAAACCAUCCCCAGUGUCCAGCUAUGUCUCCCAGCCCGACUACAUGGGAGACGAGGACGAGGACCUCAUCAAACCCAAGAAACUGGUGAAUCCUGUGAAAGCUUCAAAAAGUCACCAAGAGCUUCACCGAGAACUGCUGAGCAGCUACAGGCGGAGCGGGGGCAGUGUGGAGGUGAAGCCGGAGCUGCAGAGGGUCCUGGAGACGAGGAAACGAGAUCAGCUGAUCCAACAGAGGAAACAGGAAGACGAAGCUCGGAGGAAGAUUUCUCCUCUGGAGGCCGAGCUGCUCAAGAGACACAAGAAACUGGAUGAGCUGGAGAAGCAACAGGAGAAGGAUCAGGGCGAAAACCUGAAGGCUCCAGAGUUUGUCAGAGUGAAGGAGAAUUUAAGACGGACGUCUUUUCAUAGUAAGGAGGAGAAGGAGGUGUAGAGACAGAGCUGCUGUCCUCUACAAUACUGCCCACAUUUGCAGGACAAAACACUGAGGACACACAGAGGAAAUACUGGGGGAAGACUGAGGACACAGAGGAAACACUGGGGACAGACUGAGGAUAUACUACAAACAGACUGAAGACACUGAGGAAACACUGGGGACAUGCAGAGGAAACACGGAGGACAGGAUGAGGAGACACUGAAGAAACACUGAGGACACAAAGAGAAAACACUGGGGACAGACUGAGGAUAUACUACAAACAGACUGAAGACACUGAGGAAACACUGGGGACAUGCAGAGGAAACACGGAGGACAGGAUGAGGAGACACUGAAGAAACACUGAGGACACAAAGAGAAAACACUGGGGACAGACUGAGGAUAUACUACAAACAGACUGAAGACACUGAGGAAACACUGGGGACAUGCAGAGGAAACACGGAGGACAGGAUGAGGAGACACUGAAGAAACACUGAGGACACAAAGAGAAAACACUGGGGACAGACUGAGGAUAUACUACAAACAGACUGAAGACACUGAGGAAACACUGGGGACAUGCAGAGGAAACACGGAGGACAGGAUGAGGAGACACUGAAGAAACACUGAGGACACAAAGAGAAAACACUGGGGACAGACUGAGAACACACAGAGGAAACACUGAGGAGAGACUGAGGAUACACAGAGGAAACACUGAGGAGAGACUGAGGACACAGAGGAGGACAGAUUUUGUAACACUGUGGACACACUGAGGACACACCGAGGAGACACAUAGGAGACACUGUGGACACAAUGAGGAUACACAAAGGACACAGAAAAGAAAUAAUCAUUUUCUCAACUGAUAACGAUUCUGUAGCCUAAAUAUUCUUAACCUACAAGGUUCAUGUCUCAUAGUUACAGAAAAGAACUGAUAAUAAUGAUCAAUAAAACAAUCAAUGAUAAUUAAAAACUAUCCUUGCAUGGAUGUGUAGAUAAGAGAAAAGACUUCAUGACUACGAGGCAUGAAGUGUCUCUGACUCUGGAGCUCAGCGGUUGCGUUCACAUGAGAUCAGCUCCUGACCACACACGGGACUUCUCUGACUGUAGAAAAGAGGGUUCCUCUUUACCACAGAACAAAGCGGAUCUCGUUUUUCCUAAUUACUGUAAAUACUUCAUUCAUUUCAACAAUGCACUGAAAAGAUGCCACCUGACCUGGACUUGGGCCAACGGCUCGGACUGGUGGAGGCCACCGUACAUGAGACCCUUUAAUGACUGAUAACCUUUAUUUAACCAGGAAAUAAUUUGCCCCAUGGAGACCCAUGGAGACCCAUGGCGUCCUGACGAACAAGCCUGACAACAAACCAAACUUGUGCCUAAAUCUCAUGCUUGUCUGAAGGUUGCAUGGCAGAUGCAUGGACAGGUCAGUAACCCAGGACUGGCAUGUUUCUAACAGGCCGGGGCCAUGUGUACGGGAACACGCGGCCUUUGGCCUCAGUAUGAUGGGAAAUAAUUUAAAUUGUAUUAGAAAUAUGGUCUGUCUUGAAGCCUUACAUUCAGUCCAUGAUUUAUGUUUGAGAACCAGUGAAAUCUUUGUGAAUUUUGAAUCAUAGCGCACUUUAGACCAUGUAAAUAAUUGUCUGUCUUUUAAAGCAACUGUUGAGACUUCGACUCAGUGAAAUGUGUUGGGGACAAAUAAAGGACUAACCCUG